AUGGUCCUCCUCGUCACCACCGACGGCAUCCUCGCCGCCCUUGAGGCUGUCCCGGCCUCGCGCCGUGAUGAGCUCGAGCUCCCGGCGUCGCUGGAGCUGCAUGGACCGAUCACCCAUGAAUCCCUGUUGCGACUCUCAAGGCACCUCCAAAACAACACAGAAUACACCGACACAAACCUCACACCCGGCAGUCCUACCGUCCUAGCCUCCCUCCUCCGCGGCACGACAGUGUAUGUGCCGCCGCCGCCCAAGAAACCCGAACCGAGCCCCGAAUAUCUCGCUUCCAAAGCGCGUCUCCUCGCCCUAUCCGAACAAGCCGCCUACCAGCGCCUCCUCAACCCAACCUACACGCCGACCCCAGACCACGCCGACCCCCACACGUUCUCAUCUACAGAAGGAGAAAUUGUCAGCGAAGAAACACUGACCCCAUCGCUGGUGCUGAACAUCUUUCUGUCGGUAAUCAUCACCGGGUUCAGCGUGUACUGGGCGCUGACGACAUUCGCAACGCCCGGGAUCAUCGCCGAAACGUUCGCCGCGUGGACGGGGCUGCAGACAGAAGAGUCGCGGGCUCGUGCCUCGGCCGGGCAGCAGGGACAGGGUGCGUCGGAGGCGGUGCGCGUGCUGUUGUCGCUGUUUGCAGCGCUGGCCGUCGCUAUUGCUGAGGCGUUCUUGUAUGGCGCGUACUUGGGGAAAGUGGAGAAGGCCCGAGUGAAGGAACGGAAGAUUCAGGAGCGGAAGACAGUUGUUGGGACAGUUGAGUCUGAGGGGCAGGUGGAGCUUGCGGAUCAGAAAGAAGAAAUUUGGGGGAAGGGGGUUAAUGGGGGGAUGCGAAGGCGGGUGAGGGAGAAGUGGGAGAAGUCUAUUACGGAAGAUUCUUGA